AUGCUGAACCAGAAGAAGCUCUCGACCUUAGCGACGCAAGUGGCCAAGGUGAAUUCUCCACGCCGUCCCGAGGAGCUCGAGCAACUGGCCACAGAGCUACGCGACCAGGUGGCUGAUACGCGCCCAGAGCUGCUGCCCCUUUUAAAGUCCUUACCGACAGUAACUCGGUCAUGGAACCUUCAAAAACCUUCCGACGCCGUAGCACUGAGUGCGCUGCUACAAGACCGACUGUUGUGUCUGCCCGAGCUCAACCGCAACUCGCCGUGCUACAGCGCACGCGACCUGGUGUUGCUGUACACGAAGCUCAAAUACCUUGAGACCUUCUCUCAAUCCGAGCUGGCCGAAUACGCCAAUACCGUGGCCUCCUCAGCGUCGCCUCUCGAAGCCGCAGCUGUAGUGCGAAUCCGACAGGAAGAAGUGCGCGUUGUACGGCAGUUGGCCACUGUGGGGAACACCACCGAGUUGUUCUCACGACUUGCCACACUACUGCACAUCCCGUGCCACGGUGAUGCGUGGAAUGAGAUCGUCAAGUUCGCAGCCAACGCUCUGCCCUUCGCAGAGCAGACUGAGUCGCUAUUGGUGCGCGGCUCGGACGACAGAUCUGCGCUUUGUCCGCUCACUAAAACCAACAAUUACAACGCGUCCACGAUCCCAUUGGCCACAGAUGUGGCUCGUGGGAGCUGCACGUGCUCCAGUAUCACACUGCAAGCCUUCGAACGGUGUGAAAAACUGCGUCAGGAGUUGCUACUGAAUUCCUUGUCUAUCAACCCCAACGCCAAGAGCUCCAGUGCACUAUUUAACACUAAAAUGCGUGCAGUUCGAGCACGGAUAGCCUCCUGUCUCGACGUAUCCGACCUGGUUGCUGACAACCAACUGAGAAUUCUGUUGUCACCUUCCGGAACAGAUGCAGAGCUGUUGGCUACAGUCGCAGGACUUGCGAGACUUUACUCGGGAUUGGGUGAGGAGGAAAAUUUGCCUGGUGGUGUCGGACCGGAGCAUUGCAAAGUGACUAGCAUCAUCACAGCUGGAGGCGAGAUCGGUCGGGGCUCGAAUAGUGCUUCUGGUGGCAAACACUUUAGCAAUUUGACGCCUAGCGGAGAGGCUGGCACAGCUGGACAGCCACUACGAAAGUUCCCAAUCGACCUCGUCGAUGUGGUGACGAUGCCAGCUAGAGACGAUAACGGCGAUAUCAACCGUAUCGACGAUGACGUUCGAGAACUGGUACAAGAGCGACUGGAUCGCGGUGGAGGUGUGGUCUUAUUACACGUUGUGGUCGGAGCCAAAACGGGUUAUGCCUGUCCCUCGAUGCCCAUGGUGGACGCUUUAGCUGUGGAAUAUCCGUAUCGACUGCUGGUGGUCGUGGAUGCUUGUCAGAUGCGCAUUGAUAGAUCAUUGUACCGGGAAUGGGCUACGAAGGGUUAUGUGGUGCUGACUACAGGCUCCAAGUUCUUUGGGGGUUCUCCAUUCUGCGGUGCUGUGUUGAUGCCUAUGCGUUGUGUGUAUGAGAUGGAAGCCGCAGCGGUCGAACGUCACUCGGAAGUGGCAGUUCCUCUUGGUCUAGAAGAUUACUUCUCCAGAUACGAUAUGCCCGAGAGUAUGCGCAACAUUCGUGCGAGACUAGGGACCAACAUGAAUGCUGGACUGUUGCUACGCUGGGAGACUGCACUCGUCAACAUGGAACCAUACUGCUGUAUCCCUCCGAAAGACAUCGCAGCUAUCUGUAAGCUGUACAUGAACACGUGUAGAACGAAGAUGCAGUCCAUGUGGGGGCACAUGGUCGAGUUACUGACUCCACCAGAGCCAACCGAGAAUGACGGUACAAGCACAGUGACGCCUAUGGACACUAUUGUAUCGUUCAAAGUACGUCAUGAGAAUGGCGGGUUUCUCGAUAUGGCAGCUCUCAAGGCUCUACACACUCUGCUAUCCAAGGACUUGGCGGGUGCAUUACCAGAUGACGCCUUGGCCAAGAAGCGUUGUCUAUUGGGACAACCUGUAUCGCUCGGUAAAAGUGGAGCUGUGAUUCGUAUUGCUGUGGGCGCAGACAUGGUGAACGACGUGUAUGUCCGAGGUAAAGGCGAAAGCGACUUCGCGGCUGCCAUCGAGCCUCUGUCCCAGGACGACGACGCUGUUUUAAACAAGAUCGCGUUGAUUCUGCAUCACUGGAAACUGCUCCACCACAAGUACAUCGAAGAAUGCGUUGAGUCGACUCCACUGGAGCCUCUCAAACCGCUUAGUGACUGGGACUUUAGCGUUAAGGAUGCCCAAGUUGCACGUGUGGUACAGCACAUGAUUGAGGAGCGUGUGCUGGCGAAUGAAGACCAACCCGAGGACGAGACCAAGCUAGCUGUCGUGUAUGAUCUGGACGCCAUCGAUAUGGCAUUCCAGGCACUCUUGACCUCUUUUCCUGUGCACUUUGAGCACCGCUUUGCGAUGAAGUCGUGCCCAUUGUCGUUCUUCAUCAAGCGAGCGAUUGAAAACGAUGUCGGGCUCGAGUGUGCGUCGAUUGUAGAAGUAAAGCACGCCUUGCGACUGGGCUGUCCACCUCACCGUAUUGUUUUCGACAGUCCGUGCAAGACUCGACGUGAUCUCCAGUUCGCCAUCAUCGCUGGAGUGGAAGUGAACGCUGACAACUUCGACGAGCUUGACAUCAUUCGAGAACAUGCUGAGGCCAUUUUCCAGUCCAGUUUUCCGGAAUGCACUCCUCGUUAUGCUGGUAAUUUGCCUCGGAUCGGACUGCGUAUCAACCCGCUACUCGGAGCAGGCGCCAACUCGUGCCUCAGUGUCUCCACGGUGCAGUCCAAGUUCGGUGUGCCACUCACUGCUGAGAACCGCGCAAGAAUAAUCGCCUUCUUCUGUGCGAACCCGUACAUGACAGGCUUGCACGCUCACGUUGGCUCUCAAGGGUGUUCGCUUGAGAUGCUGUCACAGGGUGCUGUCGUAUUGAGCGAAUUGGCGAACGAGAUCGACGCUGCGGCAGGCACCAGUCGAAUCAAAGUGCUUAACAUCGGUGGAGGCCUGUCGACCAAUUUUGACGACGAGGAAGUGUCUCCGACUUUCGCCGAGUACGUGGAGGUUCUUCGUCGUGAAGCUCCACAAUUGUUCAAGCGUACGGGUCGUACCAUUUUAACGGAGUUUGGAAGCAGCGUCAGCUCGAAGACUGGCUGGGUCGUUAGUGAAGUGGAGUACGUCAAGGCUCAUCCGCAAGUGGAUGGCGACGACCUCACUCAGACCGCCAUAAUCCACGCUGGAUCCGACCUCUUUUUGCGCGCUUGCUACCGUCCUGAACUCUUUGCUCGUCGAAUGUCCGUCUACAAUCCUGCUGGUUUAGUGUCGAUGGCCCCGGUGUCAGUACAGAACGUGGCAGGGCCACUUUGCUUUGGCGGCGAUAUGGUGGGUCGACGUGUCGAGUUGCCUACCAUUUCGCAAGGUGACUUUGUCGUGGUUCAUGAUACGGGAGCCAACACAAUGUCGAUGUUCAGUCGCCACUGCAGUCGUCCUGCACCUGCUGUCUUCGGCUACCGCGCAAGUGAGGACGAAGUUUCUUUGCAGCUACUCAAGGCAGCUGAAACGCCAGAGCAGGUAAUGAGUUUCUGGGGAUAA